AUGGUGUCUGCUCUCACCGUCCUCUUCCUCGGCUGCUGGCUGGCCAGGCAGAGCGGGGUCUCGGGACAGGGGUCCCUCCCCAAACCCUCCAUCUCCGUCAGCCCCGGUGGGGUGAUCCCCGUGGGGGGAAAUGUCAUCAUCCGGUGUCACCAUCAGCGCCUGGGCAUGAGGUUCCUCCUCUACAAGGCUGGAGAUGGGAACUAUCUGACUUACAUGGACCCUGCUGGCUCUGAGGCUGAAUUUCCCAUCACCAGCGCCAGACGGGAACACGGUGGCAGCUACACCUGUCGUUAUAGCAACAGAACAGUACGAGCUGCCUACUCAGAGCCCAGCGACCCUGUGCAGAUCAUUGUAGCAGAUCCCAGCUUACCCAGACCCUCCAUCUCUCUGAGCCUUGUUUGGGUCACGGCCCCAGGGGCAGACGCCACCAUCCGGUGUCAGGGGCAGCGCCGGGACGUGAGGUUCUUCCUGCACAAGGCUGGAGACCUGAACCCGCAGCAACACAUGGACCCUGCUGGGGACGGGGCCGAGUUCCGCAUCCCCACCGUGGGCCGGCAGCAUGGAGGGAGCUACAGCUGCAGCUACCGGCCCCAAUCAGAGCCCUUCGUCUCCUCGCAGCCCAGCGACCCUGUGCAGCUGGUGGUAGCAGAGCCCAGCUACCCCAAACCCAACAUCUCCCUGCGCCCCAGUGGGCGGGUCGCCUUGGGGGGAGCCGUGACCAUCCGGUGUGAGUGUCGGUGUGCUGGAGCGAGGGUCCUUCUGAGCAAAGCUGGAGACCCAGACGCACAGCGCUCAAUGGACUCCACGGGGGACAUGGUUGAGUUUCCCAUCCGCAACGUGAGGCGGGGAGACGUCGGGAGCUACAGCUGCCGAUAUAGCACAAAGUGGGAUCCACCCAUCUGGUCAGAGCCCAGCGACCCCGUGGAGCUGAUGCUCUGCCAUCGUCAGUUCAUCUCCUGCGGUUCUGCCUCCUGCCUUCUCUGUCUCUCACGGUCCUCUGCCUCCUUCAAUCUCCGCUCCAAUUCCAUCCGUCUCAGAUCCACCAAGGGGGAGCCCGGUGGAGACCCCCUGCUGGUCAGGGACAUGGGUCUCGGGGUCGCCGGCUGCUCCCAGCCUCCCUCAUGGCCUCAGCUGGGCCUGGAACCGGAACAGAACAUCUCUGAGCCUUCAGCACGCCUGUCUGUGUCGUGGGCCUUCUCAGGGAGUCCACUCGCUCUGGACCCCCGGUGCCUCCACUCCCAGAGGGAAUAA